UCAUGUAGAAUUUGGAGGUCCCGUGGAGGGAACGGAGGGGAUGGUGGUAGUGUAGGGUUCAUGGCUAGUAGUAGAGUGAAGACACUGAGGGACGUUAGACAUCAUUAUAAAGGAGAGAGAGGAGGGGAUGGGAAGAACUGGGACUGCCAUGGGAAGAAUGGAGCAGAUAAAAUAAUAAAAGUUCCAGUGGGUACUGUUAUUAGUUCCAAUGGUGAAGUCCUUUAUGAUCUAAUGUCUGAUGGUGAUACCUAUACUGCUGCUAGAGGAGGAGUGGGUGGGGCUGGUAACACCUCUUAUGCCACGCCUACUAAUACAGUCCCACACCAGUACACUGAGGGUACUGAUGGAGAUGAACUGAUCAUUGAACUGGAAUUAAAGACAAUAGCUGAUAUUGGACUGGUAGGGUUCCCUAAUGCUGGUAAAUCAACACUCCUUUGUGUGCUGUCUCGAGCUAAACCCAAAGUUGCUGACUAUGCAUUCACUACCCUCAACCCUCACAUUGGGAUAAUGGAGGGGAACCAGUAUGGGGAACAGAUAGCCAGUUAG